AUGGAGAAAAACGCCUCCAGAAGACCACCCAGAGGAGAACCAAGGAGGCAACAGGCCUGAGAGCAAGCAAUCCACAUUCAAACCAUCUAAAGUUACCACGGUGAGAGACUGCUCCGACCAACUGCUCAGAGGGGGCCAAAAAAGUGGAGUGUACCUGGUGACCCCUGACCUCCGCAGCAGAAGUUUCCAGGUCCUCUGCGACAUGGAGCUGGAUGCGGGAGGAUGGACGCUGCUGCAGCGCAGACAGGACGGCGGCGUGAGUUUUAACCGCACCUGGGAUGAGUACCGAUCAGGCUUCGGGGAGCUGGAUGGAGGGGAGUUCUGGCUGGGCAACAACAUGAUGCACCUGCUGACCCGGGACAGGGACAUGGUGCUGCUGGUGGAGCUGGAGGGCUUUGAUGGCGUGAUGGAGUACGCAGAAUACGAGCACUUCAGGGUUGGAAGUGAAAGGAUGCGCUACAGACUGACGGUAGGCGCUUACUCGGGCACCGCUGGUGAUGCUCUCCGCUUCAGCAAAAGUUAUGAUCACAACAACAGGGCGUUCACUACGCCGGAAAGGGACAACGACCGCUAUCCAUCCGGAAACUGCGGGGCGUACUACAGUUCAGGCUGGUGGUUUGAUUGGGGAGCUACAAGGGAGUGCGAGAUGGGAUAUACUGGGAAACGUGGCGUAACAUAUCCACAGAGUAUUAUCCAACCAAUCAAAGGCAGUCAUUUAAAACUGUCAGGAUGAUGAUCAGACCAAUAAGCUUUGCACCAUGAACCUUGACUCUACCAGUGCAAGUUGAAAAAAAACAAAAAAACAUAAACCAUAAAUUUAAUAAAGCCGUCUAUACACAGUUAUUUUUUACUACUAACACAAGGCUACCGCCUUGUGGUGUUUGAUUCUGCAAUAAUCAUUUGUUCACAGGAUAAUAUGACAAUAACUGAGGAUGUACAUAGUUACAAAGGUAAUGAUUAGAAUUACAUUGUAACUUUUUAUAACAUUUUAAUACUAAUAUAUUUGUGUUUUUUUAUUAUUGGAAAUUAACAAUGAGAGACGGAAAUCUUUUUUUCAGUGUAUGUGACGCGUAUGAAGCAGUGGAUGAUCUUUUAUUAUUGAAUUACUGGAAAGCGAGUUGAAGGUUGAUUGAAGAUAUAUGUUUUUGUAAUAACAACUGUGUUGUUAGUGUUGUUAAAAAACAACAAAAAACAAAUAGGUUUUGCCUUUGUCUCUCAUUCUUUACGUAAAAGACACGUCUUUGAUGCUUUAUUUAGUACACAAGUUCCCAACAGCCUUUGUAGAGACUAACGUCACCUGCUCCGGUGAUACUGAUGGGACAACACUUAAAUUUAUAUUUAUACAUAUAUAAAUAUAUUUAUACAACACUGCAACUUCCUGCUUGUCAAGACAUUACAUUGUCUUACAUUGUCCCGGACUAAGACCGGAAGUAAAGUAUUUUGCCGUCAACAUAAAGGAACCAAAAAAUCUGGAGGAGGUUGCAGGCUGUUGGUAAUUUGGCAAAUUAUUCCAUCUAAAAUGGAUGAAAAUAGAGCUAUCCGCCCUGCGGCCCCAGAAAACAGGGCACCCAAAAGGUUGAGGCUUGAAGUGUUUCAUUGUAUGGAAAUUCAAUGUAAUUACAAUGAGUAAUUCAUGUAUUUGUGGAUAUCGACUACAAAGUCCAACAGGUGGGCUUUCAUGUCUAAUCUCUUAAAUUAGUAAAAAUAUAAUGUACAAAACAAACUUUGAAACAAAUCAUUGUCUCAAAAUAAAAUGGGUUUUAACAGAAA